AACAAAGCAGGGAGAGAAGGAAGAGAGAAUGAGGGUAAAUAAACAAGGUGUGUCACACAGAUUGCUGGGUUUUUGGUAAACGCUAUGGAUUGACACGCACAGAAGAGGACAUUGAUUACAUGACUUUACAAUAAAGGAUCGACAAAAUGUUUCGCUCUGUAAUGGAAGGAUAAAAAUAAAUGACUAUGGAGAGACAAGCAUCUGAGAAUAAUGAAAAGCCAACAGAUAUACUGCAGUCUAUGAUGAUAAAACUGAAAACAAAUGAGAGUCUAGAAACACAUAAUGGUGAAUCACAAGUGGACCCAAACAUGAACAGACAAAAUUCUUCUCUGGAGAUAAAAGAAGAAACAACGUGCAAAGAACAUAAUGAAGACUCUAAUGUAAGAUCUGAUGCUGUUGGGGAACCACCAACCAAGACUUUAGAAACAGAUGAAGUUAAUGAAGCUGUUUUAGAUUUUCCUAAAUGGGAAAGAAAAAGCUUGCUUUUCCCUAUCACUACGUCCAUUAAAACAUUAAGCGAAGAUGAUAAAAUGCUUGGCACUGAGGAACCCACAGAGAUUGCUGCAUUAUCACUUAACAAUCAGAAGGAGAGUCCUGCUCGGCAAUCACAUGCAUCCCCAUUUCACCUUUCAACGUCUUCAGAAAGUCAUGAUUUUUCACAAUCAUGGUUGAAAAAUGAAGCUUGUGAUAAUCAACCAAAACUAUUAUGGGGCGGUGGUGCAACCAUACAGUCAAAUUAUCAAAUACAUGAUAAUGUUAACAGAACAGCAAGGUCAGUUUCUGAUCCAGUUGUACACAAGCCCAAGGAGCAAAGACCUCUCUCAGCCCCAAGUAUUUCAGAAUUUGCAAUGAAAAAAUUCACAGGCAAUGCAAGUGCCCAGAAAGGAAGGAAGGAUUCGGGAGAGGAAGAAAGCUUUGGAGAUUUUGAAAAGUCCAAAAAUAAGGGAAUGAAAAGUAAAAUGAAGAUAUGUACUCUGAGAGUUAUGGAAAUGCUCAAGGAAAACCGCAGUCGGGAACAUAAUGAUAGUAAGAAUAGCCAAGACUGUGUGGAAAAAAAGAUUGAGUCUAUAAAUUCUUUGGAGGUAGAGCUUGAAGCAUUGAGUCCACCACCACUGCCCCCCAAAAAGGGAAGAUAUGUUCGCUUAGAAAGAACAUUUACCCUGAAGGACUUCAAACUUGACCUUGAACCAAUCAACUUAAUGGAUGAAAUAUUCACGGGCGAAGAGUGGUUACCUUUCCUGCCCAGCAAAACCAGUCAAACGAACCAAGACGCUGGUGAUAAAGCAAUGGUAGAUAAUAUUAACCGUCCAGAAGAAGAUGCCCAGAUCCAUGUUUCUCAGCCGACAACAAAACAGAACCAACCAGAGGACAAUCGGUUAGACAAGAAACAACACUUUAUUAAUACAGAGGAGACAAUAAGUGAACUUGAAAGUGUAACAAAAGUCAACAAUCACAUCUAUGCUAAAGAAAAAGAGUCAGAUGGAGACAUCAUUGCUAUUCCUAAAGCUCUCGUAAUAAAUCCUGCAAAACAACAAAGGGUAUGUGGGAUAUACCAGUCUGGUGAUAUCUUUGACUGUAGGGGCAAAUACGUGAUUCCUAAACAUGACUUUCUGUUGGUGCAAAGGAAGUCAGCGGACGUUGCUUCUGACUUUUCAGCUGUUCAGCCUUCCGUAUUGCUGGACAACUCUGCCCUGAAGAGUCGAAUCCGUUUAAGCAAAAAGAGACCCCACCGACCACCCAAGAAACACAGAAAAUUAAAGACAGACUGCAAGUUUUAUAAGAUUCCCUCUGUGUACCUGAAAGAAUCAGUCAGUGAUUCCUCAUCUAUUGACUAUAUGCCCAUUUCCAUGUCUCCUCCUCUGCAUUCAAAUCCAUGCCCAGCUAAGUGCUGACCAGCUACAA